UCCGGGUAGCAGUCUGGUGGAGAAGUUACAAGUUACGGAAACCAGAACUUUGGCCGUGGGAAAAAGGGGGUAAUUUCUUGGAAUAGGGAAAUGUAAGCGGCCAGAAAGGGGCGUAUUUUAGAUGUCCAGAUUGUCAGGAUUAGAGAUCAGCGAUGGACACCAUAGUGCUAGUGGUCUGCCUGGCUGCCUUCGCCUGUCUAUUGGGAUUCUUGUGGUACCACCUCUACACCCCGGUACCGCCGGCUAUCAGCCAGAAAUGGACCUUUCGUCUGGUGUUCAUCAUUUUCAAAGUCAACCGCACUCUUUCCUGGUUCUUGACGUUCUUCCGGGUCUUCGGCAAGACGCUUGAGGAGAACAUGGCUGGCUUCACCGACUGGUGGCUGCCUCAGUGCGUCAUGGAUGACAAACACGUCGCGACGACGUUGAUGGAAUUCGACGGCGUUCCCGUCCGCGUCCACCGGCCCAAGUUUCCCCGCGAGCCAGGGCUCUUGCCUGCGCUGAUCUACUUCCAUGGCGGAGGUUUCGUCUACGGAAGCUCAGCAUCAUUCCAUCCAUUUACAAGACGUUUGUGCGAGUCCCUCCAAUUUGUCGUCGUGUCUGUUGAUUACAGACUUGCUCCGGUCCAUUUAUUCCCCGCCGCCUACGACGAUUGUGUCACGGCCACCAAGUGGCUCCUACUGAACGGUCCGACGAUCAACGUCGACCCGCAUCGCAUUGCGGUCGCUGGCGACAGCGCUGGCAGUCAGCUUACCGCUGGAGUAGUCAAGAAGAUUCACGACGAUCCAUCUGUUCCAGACCCUAAACUACACGCCCAUUUCUACCCUGCCAUGCAGUUUUUCAAUCUAAGUUCACCAUCCCAUGUCAUGUACAACAAAGUUUUUAACACGCGCGGUGGCAUGCUGACAACCCGCGAGGCCGUUGCUUACUUAUCCACAUAUCUCUUCGGCAAGAGUCCCGAACGCCCGGCUUUUAUCGAAUGGGUUGUUUCCAACAACGUCGUCACAACGGAGUACCGCCGGAAAAAUCCCCGGUACCUGAGCCACGUUGCGGACGAUCUUGUCCCCGAGAACUUGCGUAAUGGUUACGAGGACACCACGGAGAGACCUGGCGAUCCCGCGAUGUGGGACAAAUACGGCCACUUGUUUGAGGAUCCCCGCGUGAGCCCCGUCAUGGCAGAGAACAUGGAGGGACUACCGAUGGCGUACGUGGUCACGGGAAACUACGACUCUCUACGCGACGACGGCGUGUUUUAUGCCCGCAGGCUCGAAGAGGCGCGAGUCCCUGUACGCUGGGUCAACUACGAGGGCGGUUUCCACGGAAUGCUGAACAUCGUCUUUGAUUUCUUCGACGUCGGGAAAAAAGCAGAGCAGGAUUUUGUGGAGUUUGCCAGGGGUUUUCUGUGAGUGGUAAAUGUUUAGCUGUGCAGUCCUGUAACCAAUAAACUCUUGAAAGGGUCCAUGAAAUGAAUUUUACACUGGAGCAUCUUUGCUUUAAAUGGCUGUUCCUCUGAAAUGUAUACAGUUUCACACAGUAACAACUAUGCGACCACCUUUUUGGUUAGAAUAUUUGCAAAGUGCACUUGUUGAAAUCAUUUGUUUCAUGCUUUUUCGGACGACUGAGGGCGCUGUUGCAGUUAUGUCACUCUGGGCACAAACUUCUUACUGUCAUCUACCGACACAGCAAUGAAUCACCUCAAACAGAAAAGUAAUCACACCAAAAAAAUCAACAUCUGGAGGCAUUUGUACCAGAUGCAACACUGACAUUUUUGCCUUGAAUGACUUCACAGUUUUGCUAAUGAAUAUAAUUUGCAAAAGCUUAAAAACCAAAACUGUACCCAAAAUGGGCUGUACCCAAAAAUAAAGUCAAAUGGCACACAAAGUUACAUUGUCAAGGAACGUAUUUAAAUAGAAUUCCAUUACAUGGGCUCUUUAGAAGAAAAACAAAUUGGAAAGUGGAUUGUGGAGGAUAUUGAGGGUGACUCAUUCUCAGUUAUCGUUAAGAUAAUCUGUCCCAGGACAGUUCCAUUUCCCUCCCAUAUCGUCCAUAAUGCACUUUGUUAUUUGGGGAGGAUUUUGUAGGAUUUUGUGUGAUUGUGUAGGAUUUUGUGGGAUUUUGUGGGAUUUUGCAGGAGUUUGUGGGAGUUUGAAGGUUUAGCCUGUAGUUCCAAGUUCUUUGCAUGAGCUUGAUUGCACAGUGGUGGAUUUUGUAGGUUAAAGGUUUUAAAAAAGAUGCACAGAGAUUUGAGGAAUAAUGGCAGGAGAAAAAGAGAACUGUUGUAUAACAAUUGAUAGGAUUGUCCAAAUUGACGACAGUAAACUAAUAAUCUAUAUUAUAUGGCCUUAUUUAUAUCAGGCCAAGAAAGAAAUACUUGUGUUUCCUAUAACCUCACCCAACCCAGAAAAUUAUGCAGAAUCUAUAUUUUGUAAUUGAAAAAAAAAAUAAGAAUUUAUAUUUCUGUGCCCCCACCCUAGUUUUUGCGGACAUUGUUAUGCAUUAUUUUAACAGUUUUUUUUGUUUUUGUUAGUUGGUCAGCAGGGCAGUCUUGCCAUGUCGUGCAGCCCUUACAACACAGAAUGAACAGUUGAUUCAAAUGUUAUCUCAUCUGUUACAAAUACAUGCCCCCUCAAAAAAAACAAAUUAAGUUUAACAAAAAAAAUGGCCAUCAUCCUUCAAUUUUUUGGGGGGCAAUAAAAAGUUACAGCAAUAAAAUAAUGUCACCUUUUUCAAUUUGCAAUUCAAUAGGAAAUGCACCAUUUUCUUUUCUUGGCAUUUCCUGUUUCCAUUUGGUGCUAGGAAAAAAAGAUCAGGUAACAGUUCAAAAUGGCAAACUACUUUUUCUAAUUUUUAAACAAAAUGUCCAUGCAUAAAUAUUUAUCUUAAAUUUUAAGAUUGCAAGUGUUGUUAAAUACUUUAAAGACUUUCCAAAACUAAGGCAGCUAUCAUCGUUAAAAAAUUUUAAGCGCAGUAAAUUUGCAAAUGUUAAUCAUAUUUCAACUAGCAAAUUUCAUUCCGAAAUAUUUUUAUUUGUCAUUUGCAAAUGAAAUAGAAUAAUUGUUUGCUGUUAAUAAGAAUCAUGAUGCACUUAAUUAAUGUAACCUGUCUUUCACAUAAAAUGUAAAACAUUGUAUUUUGAUAUUUUUAUAUAUUUAUAUUUGAUUAAAAACAAAUGUAUUUUGGUAGUGCUAACAUGUGAUUACAGGGUGUACGAAAAUAAGUAUAUUUGAAAUAAAUUUGCCCAAAAUUAAAAUUAA